AGGGUUCUGCGCACGCCGAGCCCCCACGACAAGGCGGCGAUGACGGACGAGAUCCACGCGCUCUGGAUAAAGGGCGCCAUCGCGCGGGAGUACGACCCCGACGUCCCGAGCGUGGAUCCCCCGACGCGACCGGCGAGGGAUGAACGCGUCGUUCUGGUGGAACCCGGCAGGGCGCCGCGCCUGGGCAAAGGCGGCUCGCCCGAAUCGCGCGUCGCCAUCCUCCACUCCCUGGCGCACAUCGAGAGCUGGGCCAUCGACCUCUCGUGGGACAUCGUCGCCAGGUUCGGCGCGGCCCGCUCGAUGCCCAGGGCGUUCUUCGACGACUUUGUCCAAGUCGCCGCGGACGAGGCUAGGCAUUUCAGGAUGCUCGCCGCGAGGCUCGUGGAACUCGGGUCCGAGUACGGCGCCCUCAACGCGCACGACGGCCUCUGGGACUCGGCGAUGGAGACGGCGGGAUCGCUCGAGGCCAGGCUCGUCGUCGAGCACUGCGUGCACGAGGCUCGCGGUCUCGACGUGUUGCCGGCGACUAUCGAAAAGUUUCGCAAAAACGGCGACGAGCCGUCGGCGACGUUGCUGGAGGGGACGAUAUACCCCGAGGAGGUGACGCACUGCGCGGCGGGGGUGCGAUGGUUCAGGUACCUCCACGAGCGGGACGGGGGCGAGAGACGGGGGCGGGAAGGCGGGGAGGCGGGGUCGGGUGAGGAGGCGGUGGCGCGAGCCUUUCACGAAACCGUCUGGGCGCACUUCAAGGGGGUGCUCAAGCCCCCGUUCAACGAGGAGGCUCGCGACAGGGCCGGGUUCGGGAGGGCGUGGUACAUGCCGCUCACGAAGCGCCCCGCGGUCGCCGGCGCGGGCGCGUAG